AUGAAUGUUUAUGGGACAAAUAAAUCGGGUCUAUCACCUCGCGAUCUGGGAAGUGUUUGCAAUCGAGUGAUUCAGCAAAAAUGGAAAAAGGAAUUUACGCUUGAAUUUUCACGUGACCGCAAAAGUAUGAGUGCAUAUUGUGUACCAUCAUCAGGUGGAACCGGUGCAAAAAUGUUCGUAAAAGGAGCGCCUGAAGGUGUAUUGAAUCGUUGCACACAUGUACGAGUGAACGGGCAACGUAUUCCACUGACCCAGAGGAUUACGCAAAAAAUAGUGGACCAGUGCGUCCAGUAUGGUACCGGUCGCGAUACGUUGCGUUGCUUGGCGCUGGGAACAAUCGACAGUCCACUGGAUCCGCACAAGUAUAGCUUGAUAAUAAUAAUUUUUGUUUCUUCUUUUGUGUUUUAA